GGCUGCAGCCACUGCCUCAGGGCAGCGGAAGUUUGGGCGCCGCGGCGGAGUGCGAAGGGCGGUGCCGACACCGGCACGUUGGUCUCGGUGCAGCGCCCGCGCCUCAGCAGCCUCGCAGCGCCGCGUUCACUGGCCGGGAGCUGUCGUCCCCCCCCCCCCCCCAUCUCGAGCUGCCCCCAGAGCUCCGUGUGUGGCCGGGCGGCGGCAUGGACUUGGAGAGCAAAGUGAAAAAGAUGGGCCUGGGCCAUGAGCAGGGAUUUGGUGCCCCCUGCUUAAAAUGCAAGGAUAAGUGUGAAGGAUUCGAGCUUCAUUUUUGGAGAAAAAUAUGCCGCAACUGCAAAUGUGGCCAGGAAGAGCACGAUGUCCUCACAAGCAAUGAAGAAGACAGGAAAGUGGGGAAACUCUUCGAAGAUACCAAAUAUACAACUCUUAUUGCAAAGCUGAAAAGCGAUGGCAUUCCCAUGUAUAAACGUAACGUAAUGAUACUGACUAACCCAGUGCCAGCCAAGAAGAACAUAUCCAUCAAUACUGUGACCUAUGAGUGGGCUCCUCCUGUUCAGAAUCAGACACUUGCUAGGCAGUAUAUGCAGAUGCUACCGAAGGAGAAACAGCCUGUUGCUGGUUCCGAAGGCGCUCAGUACAGGAAGAAACAGUUGGCUAAGCAACUGCCUGCUCACGAUCAGGAUCCUUCAAAAUGUCAUGAGCUAUCCCCCAAUGAAGUUAAACAGAUGGAGCAAUUUGUGAAGAAGUACAAAAAUGAGGCACUUGGUGUAGGAGAUGUGAAGCUCCCUGGUGAGGUGGAAACUAAAGCUACUGACAAGAAUAAUCUGAACAGUGGGGACAGAAGCACCUCAGCUGCUGUAGGAGCAAUGGAGGACAAGUCAGCAGAUCAGAAAGCAUCUCAGUAUUCCUGCUAUCGCUGCAAGCUGAACAUGAAAGAAGGUGACCCAGCUGUCUAUGCAGAACGUGCAGGAUAUGACAAAUUGUGGCACCCGGCUUGUUUUGUCUGUUGUACCUGCAGUGAACUUCUAGUAGACAUGAUCUAUUUCUGGAAGAAUGGCAACCUGUACUGUGGAAGACAUUAUUGUGACAGUGAAAAACCCCGCUGUGCUGGAUGUGAUGAGCUAAUAUUCAGCAAUGAAUAUACCCAAGCAGAAGGUCAAAACUGGCAUCUGAAACACUUCUGCUGUUUUGACUGUGAUUGUGUUUUGGCUGGAGAAAUCUACGUCAUGGUGAAUGACAAGCCAGUCUGUAAACCAUGCUACGUGAAGAACCAUGCUGCGAUCUGCCAAGGCUGUCAUAAUGCUAUAGAUCCUGAGGUUCAGCGUGUGACCUACAACAACUUCAACUGGCAUGCUACACAGGAAUGUUUCUUGUGUUCCUGUUGUAGCAAGUGUUUAAUUGGCCAGAAGUUUAUGCCAGUGGAAGGGAUGGUCUUUUGCUCAGUGGAAUGUAAGAAGAAGAUGAUGUCUUAAGGGGUGACAUGCACAAAACUAAACAAUGCUGUGUUCCAAAGGCUCUUGCAUUUCUACUGUAAAAUAUACAGAAUCGGGGCAUUUAAAGGUAUGGAAAGUACUAACUAGCAUUUUCCCAAAGACUUGGGUUUUUCUUUAAUGACUAAUUCAUGUCCUGUAAUCUUCAUUCCUCAGUUGUAUCACUUUAUUCUUUGGGAUUUUGUUCCUGAGUCUUAUGUUGAAUGUCUUCAGAUCCCAGAACUGUAGGAAAAAGUAUGUUAUGAACUCUAUAUGCUUUAAGGGAACUCUUCACUAUGAAGGAUCUUUUCACAGCAUCCUUCUUAAUGGAAGAAGAAAAUGUGAAUGUGCUUCAUUUUUUUCUUACACAAUCAUGUAGCUUUUCCACUUCCAGUUUGAUGAGUUAUUUAUGUCUCAUGGCUUCCCUGCUUUCAUCAAGCACUUUAGACAAGAUGAUCAGCUUUACUGCCACGUACAGUUUUGUUCACUAGACCUCAAGUGGGCAGGGAGAAUGAAGUUUUUUUUAAAGCUGCAUGUAGGCUUUUUACUCAUGGUUGACACGUGGGUUGUUGAGAAAUAGUAACUACUCUCACAUCUAGUUUGUGAAGUACCUGCACCGCUGAAAAACUGGUUUAGCUCAUGUUUCUUUUUACUGUUUUUCAUGUGAAGAAGCUUUCAUUUUAUGAAUAUUGAAGCUACUUUGCAAGGGUUUCUUUUGCUUCUAUCUUUGGUUUGGUUUGGGUUUGUUGACUUUGUUCUUAUUGGGAGAGAAGGGGUGAUGGUGGAGAAAAUAUAAGGGGAGAUCCUACCCAAUUUAAAAAAAAAAAAAAUCCACUACAACUUGUGGAACUGGCUUCUGCUUCUUAUGAAUGUUCUUUUUGCAUAUUGUGCCUUUUGUCAGAGGAACAUAUGCAUUCCCAAGGAAGUCAUACUACAAAAGAUUUGUACUUAAGGUUUUGAAUUGUAUGUUAACCAAAGCAGAAAGAAGCCUCUGCUAGAAGGUUUCCAGUUUUUGAAUGAAAAAUUCACCCCCAUGUAUUACCUUGGCUUAUUAGAUAAGCUAAAUAAAUCUAUUCCUGUGGUGUUUGUCUUCUUUUCCUCCCCUUAAGGAUUACAGAUCUGCAGUGAGACUUGUUAGCUAUCUCUGUGCUGCAGAGGGAAUGGAUCCUCUUUAGCCUCCAAAAAAAUACUAUGCAAGUUUUAUGUUCAGCUUUAAGUUUUAUGAUGCUGAUAUUGUAACACUUACCAAAUAAACAUUGGUAUUGCUCACUUGAA